CACCAAACUUUACCUUCUCCUUCAGCAUGACAGGAGCUUCACAACUCGUAGACCGAAUUGAUUCAGGCGCCAUGGAUGUCUCAGUUCCCUCCCUCUCCAAUGCAGACUCGACCCGACUUCCUGUAGUCGUGGAUAAACCAAACCCUUUUACUUUCGACUUGGGAAAUCUGCUCGCACUGGACCCCAAUCCCAUUCCUCGCGAUGCCAGCGAAGAGGCUCUCGCCGCAACCGCCCGUGACGCUGCGCAAUCUCUCAUAAACCAACUCCUCACUACCUGUGAAGUCAAAUCUACCAGCGAGGGCGUCCAUCUUAUGCUCCCUGCUCCCACCACCGCCCUCCCUCGUGAGAAGCCCAUUCCUGCCGCGAAGGAGCCGACCAAAUGGGAACUGUUCGCGAAGAAGAAGGGUAUCAAAGACAAGCAGCGAGACGGAAAGAUGGUUUACGAUGAGGAGAAGGGAGACUGGGUUCCAAAGUGGGGAUACAAGGGCAAGAACAAGGAUGGAGAGAACGACUGGUUGGUUGAGGUGGACGAGAAGAAGGAACGUGAAACCGGCGAGGCUCACGACAGCAGAGCGGAUAGCAGGAGAGAGAGGAAAGAGAGAGUCAGGCGAAAUGAAAGGAAACAACGUGCAAACGAUCGCAACUCUCGAAAGCUCGGUUGAAGACAAAACAUGUCUACCAAUCAAAGGAAAAGUCCAGGACCUCUCUUACGAUAGCGCAUGUCGAAGCAGCUUGUGCAGAACCUGCUUAUCACACGAUACCCGUCUAUCCAUCUCCUUGCCCGGCGCAUUUGGCUUGAUUUAUGACUGCAUCUGUGGGGUUCCGGGUGUUAACAGGCGUCUCAUACUCCGAAGUUACCAAAAGUCCUUGUAUAAGUCGAGGGCAUGUGUUGCUGAUAUGACACAAGAUUAUGGAUGUACCGGACAUCAUAGUUUAUAUCAGAUACAAUCCAGAAACAGAUUGAUC